AAAAAAAAAGCGACGAAACAAAAGGUGCGCGAAGGAUAAUGCGUGGAAAGGAGAUAAAGAUAAUGCAAGGGAGCCGGAAACGAAGGGAAGACAAUAGACUGUCGAAUAUCCUCUCUCUCUGUGUGCCAAGUCACCGGUCUUUUGUCUACGUUUCACGGCUACGUCCACGAAAGCGUCACAGCGGGAAGAAAAGAAUCUGGAUCGCGUAAAAGAGAGGUAGUGACGUAUCCGCGGACCGCGACGAACAAUCAUUUUUAACGACCGAAACGAUCCAACGCUCGAUCUGUCGUAACGAAAAAAGUGAUCAAUCAGCCAACGUUGAAACAUCCUCCAACCGCAACGAGAUCGUUUCGCAUUAUUAUUAAUUUGAAAAAAUGGUGUCAUCAACAACAAUAGUGGAAAAUGGAAAGUCCAGCCCACCAAGGAAGCCUUGCGCAGCAGGGAUUGGUGCAGGCAACUAUCGUUUAGUUGGCUGGGAUAUGGAUACUACAGGAAAGAAAGUUAUAGAUGAAAUAUGUCAAAUAGCUGGUUACACACCUAGUUCCUCAUACUCUCAAUAUGUAAUGCCAUAUAAAGAUCUCAAUCCUCCAGCUAUGAAGAGACACAACAUGAAAGUUGUAACUAUUGGCAAAUUUCGUGUACUUAAAGAUAAUAAAACAAAUAAGGUUUUGAAAAGUAAAAGUGAAGUGUCUGCAUUAGCAGAGUUUCUAACAUGGCUAGAAUCAAUUAGAGGUGAUGCUACAGAUGGAAUAAUAUUGGUAUAUCAUGAACCACGUAAAAUUAUUCCUGCUAUGUUGCUUGAAUCUUUAAAGAAAUAUAACCUUCUUGAAAGAUUUAAAGAAAUUGUAAAAGGAUUUGCAAAUGGAUUUAAUAUUGCUGAAGUGAAGUGUGCAAGCACAAUUCAUGCCUUUACUCUUAGAACAUUAUCGCGAACUUUACUUAAUCAAGAAACACAGUUAGAUAAUGCAAGAGAUAGAGCAUAUCUAGCUUUACAAAUAGUACAACAUUUAAGUUCAUUGGAAGUUACAAAAGGAAAUGAAGCAAAUGGUAGUGGUGAUAGUGAUAGUGCCAUGAAUAAAACUGUUGAAUUCAUUAGGGAAUUUAUUCAACCGGUAGAAAUGGAAGAACAAGAAUAUGCAGAAUUGAAAGUAGUAUUUGAACGUCAAAACAGUUUAAAACCUAUUUUCGAAUUUUUCUUCCGCAUAAAUCGCCGGGAACGUCAACAUGCUAGUCCUUUACGGCGGUUGCUUGCUGAAGCAGGAAUCGAGUAUACCCAGUUACAAGAAGCAUGGAGUAAUGGAAAGAAAGAAGGUUUAGAGAAUUUAAUUAAAGAGAAAUUAACUACAAUUGAAGAGAAGAAAGUAGAAGAUUUAUUAUUUGUCCUUGAAAGUCAUUUCGAUCCUGAUAAGAAACCCCAAUUAAGAAUAUCGGGAGACAGAACAGAGAUAAAAACACAAAACUCGAAAAUCAUUGACGACAAAGAAAAUAAUAAUAAUAAAUGCGAUUCAAGUACCGAAAGUCCGGACACCACUACUUCUAGUUCACCGCCUAAAAUAAAAUCCGAACCUUCUGAGAACAGUACAAUUAUAGCAGAGGAAUAA